GCGGGCGCGCCAGGAUGUUCGACAGCUCGCAGUACCCCUACAACUGCUUCAACUACGACGCCGACGACUACCCGGCCGGCAGCGCGGACGAGGAGAAGCGGCUCACGCGGCCCGCGUACAGCUACAUCGCGCUGAUCGCCAUGGCCAUUCAGCAGAGCCCGGCGGGCAGGGUGACGCUGUCGGGCAUCUACGACUUCAUCACGCGCAGGUUCCCCUUCUACCGCGCCAACCAGCGCGCCUGGCAGAACUCCAUCCGCCACAACCUGUCGCUCAACAGCUGCUUCGUCAAGGUGCCGCGGGCCGAGGGCCCCGGGAAGGGCAAGGGCAGCUACUGGACGCUUGCGGGCGGCUGCGCGUCUCUGCGGGACCUGUUCGAGGACGGCAACUACCGGCGGCGGCGCAGGCGGCGCGGGGCCACGCGCGAGGGGCCGCGGGGGGCUCGCGCGGAGGGCGCGGGGGGCGCGGAGGGGCCGGCCUGCGCCCCCAGGUCCCCCGCCCCCCGCAGGGAGUCCCCGCCCCCCGCCGGCCCCGCCCCGGGGAAGGCGCCGCACAAGGACAUCAAGUUCAGCAUCGACUACAUUCUCUCCGCCCCCGACCCCGUCCUCAAGCCCAGCUCGCCCCGCGGCCGGCAGGGAGCCCAGCCCACGAGCCUCCACUGCUGGACCCUGUGAGGGGCCGAGGCUGCCCGCUCCCCGCGGGGCUGCCUGGGGUCUUCGGGGUGAUUUCAGUCCCACAUCGAGCCCAGAAGCCAGGCGCUGCCGGCACCUUACAAACCUGCGGGCGCGCUGGGUCUGAAAGGAGCCUGGGUUGGAGGGAAGCGGACCCGGGGCAGGUGCACAUCGCAUCGCAUCGCAUCGCGGUGCUGGCUCGGCCUGCAGAGCCAGGUUCCCUGCUGCGCCUAAGGGUUUGGUCUGUCCGUCCGUCCGUCCGCACAGGGAAUGGGAACAGGCCCUGGGUCGCUCACUCGGUCACAGGUGGUCACACCGGGGCUGCCAGUUGCUCUCUCGGUGAGAGUCAGUGCGCAUCUCCUCGCAGGAGACAAGUCACAACAAAGUGCAAACGCGGACCCCAGGUACUAAUGGCCCGACUGCGGCCCAGGUUCUGGGUGCCCCUGUGAGGGACAGAUACACCUUCGGUUGUGGGCAGAAAAUCUGGUGAUUGUCUAGGACGUUCCAUGCACUUUUUUACA